GAGAUAGAUAUGCAGCAUUUCGUUGUCUUUGCGGCCCUAGUGGCCGCGGCGAGCGCUCAGUUAUGCACAACGCCCGGCAAACUGGUGCCGAAUCCGAUGAACUGCAAGGAGUUUUUCAUGUGCCGUUCGGGCCGCACCAUCCUGUUCUCGUGCCCGGACAAUACGCUGUUCAAUCCGCGCACGCUGGCCUGCGACAUGACCAACCGGGUGCACUGCGAGUGGGGCAACCUUCCGGCCAACGUCAUCAACUCCGCCAUCAAGGCAAACCCAUCGCGGAUCGAGCACACCGUGACGGCCUGCAUUAACCAACCGAUCGCGAUGCUGUUGCCGAAUGUGCAGGAUUGCCAGCAGUUCUACCAAUGUUCCGGCACCGGGGCCAUCGCUUUCCAGUGUCCUCACGGAACGAACUUCGAUGCGUGGCGUAAAACGUGCCUCGAGCACGGGGAUGCCAUUUGCGGAACGGUCAGCCAGCCGAACCCACCGUUUGUUCCGCCAGUCGUAGUACCUCCGGUGGUUAUGCCCCCGUUCGUCCCCCCGGUCGUGCUCCCUCCGACGCUCCCCGUUGUGCCACCACCAACCAACAACCAGAACAAUCUGCAGAUGCUAUGCCGCGGAAAGCCCCUCGGAGCCAUGGUCCGCAAUCCUUCGAACUGUCGGGAAUUUGUCCGAUGCAUCGGCUCCAGCCAGCUGCGGCUGAUGGAGUGUCCGGUCGGUACGUCUUUCGACAAUGUGCGCAACGUGUGCGAUUGGUCCCAGAAUGUCAAGUGUUAA